AUGCCGGACGCACGUUUUGCCCAUGUCCAUCUCGACCUUGUAGGACCCCUUCCACCUUCGCGAGGGCACAAGUACCUAUUAACGGUCGUGGACCGUUUCUCACGCUGGCUGGAAGCCAUACCAAUCCCCGACAUCACGGCGGAGACUGUAGCUCGUUUUUUUGUCGCGGAGUGGAUCUCCAGAUACGGAGCGCCUCUCCGCAUCACCUCAGACCGCGGCCGCCAAUUCGAAUCCCGCCUCUUUCACCAACUGUCGCGGCUCUUCGGCUACACCCAUCGCAAAACCACGGCAUACCAUCCUGCGGCCAACGGACUUGUCGAGCGAUGCCAUCGACAGCUGAAGUCUGCCCUGCGUGCUUAUCCGGAUCCGAGCAACUGGGUAGAUCAUCUCCCUCUCGUGCUGCUCGGCCUCCGUUGCGUCAUACGCGACGACCUGGGUUGUUCCACAGCAGAGCUGUUGUAUGGCACUACGUUGCGCUUGCCCGGCGAAUUCUUAUCCGCAGCCCCUCACGACGCCGCUCCUAGCGCUGACUUCGUCCGCGGACUUCGCCAGUCCAUGGCAAAUCUCCGGCCUGUGGCAACUCGGGCCUGCAGUACUCGGCCAACAUUCGUCCCCGCAGCGCUCAAAACGGCAAAGCACGUUUUUCUACGCCGCGACGCGGUCAGGAAACCCCUCCAGCGGCCAUAUGACGGCCCGUACGAAGUUCUCAAGCGCGGAGACGCUACCUUUACGUUAAGAAUCGGUGGGCACCCGGAAACAGUCCCAAUCGACAGGCUUAAACCAGCCUUCCUAUUCUCCGACGACGCGCCUCUCCCCCGACCUGCUACCUGCCGAACGUCACCAAAGCGAGUCCAGUUUCUUCUACCAGUCUCGUCCUGGGUGGGGGGGAGCAGUGUAGCGGAGGAAGAUGACCUGACGGGAUGCGCAUGGGCAUCGCGCGCACACCCCGCUUCUCUCGAACCGCAAUCGUUGGAAUAA